UUGGUUUUUAGUUGAGAUACUCUUUAACUUUCUUCUGUUUUUCUAAAGCAUCAAAACGGCUGGUUAUUAUUGAUUAAUACGUCUUUUAUAGUAAUACUACCUGCUAUUAUUGUCUGAUUUGAAAUCCGUUGAAUUCAGACCAUAAAGCAUAGUUUUUUCUUCCUGUUAGCUCUACAACCACAUUUCCGACCUCUUGUUUGGAAUCAAUUUUCUUUUAUAAGUUCUCUGUAAAAUAUUCGUUUCUUUUACUGCCUUUUUAGGCACUACUACAACCGGAAAUUAAAAAGGAUCAUAUUUGCUCCAGCACUCAUAGAUGGAUCGACAUGCUGUGACACCGACGAGUAAGAGCAAAUUGGCUCGCGCUUUUGCUAAUGUUUUGCAUAUUCAAGGAAGAAAUCGAAGGCCAAAAUCUCUCAAUAAUGAAGAUCAAAAAGUAAAGAAUUACAUACAAAAUGAAGAAGCUUUACUAGGCCAGCUAUUCGCGAACAUUUCAGCUAUUAAAGCUGCAUAUGCCCUGUUGCAAUACGCUCAAUCGCCAUAUGAUCCUGAUUUUAUUCUAUCUGCUGAUGAAAUGAUCGUGUCCGAGCUGAAAUCUUUGUCUGAAUUAAAACAAUGCUACUUGAAGGAUCAAUUUGAUGAUCGUUCCCCAGAGAUCACUCGUGUUAUAGCAGAAAUUAAGGAGCAAAAGAACAUUUUAACAACAUACGAAAUCAUGGGAAAUAAGUUGGAUUCUCAGCUUAAACUCAAAGACUCUGAAAUUAUAUUUCUCAGAGAGAAAUUGGAUGAAGCUAAUAAAGAGAACAAAUUGCUUGAAAUGAAGUUGAGUUUAAUUGACAACUUUCAUUUGUCUAAAUUAAGUAUCAACAAUUUUACUCUCUUCUUUCGAAAAACAAUUAAAUCGAUUUGGAGUUUUGUUUCAUUGUUCUGUAAAGAGAUGGAAUAUGCAGAAUGGGAUUUAGAUGCUGCAGCUUCAUCUAUUCAACCUGAUGCAAUUUUCUCAAAACCAAAUGACAAAUAUUACGCGUUUGAAUCAUUUGUUUGUCAGGAGAUGUUUGAUGAUUUCAAUGAUCCGUCCAUGACAAAACAACCAGAUAUAUUUUUCAAUAGAUUCAUGGAAUUGAGAUCUGUUAUACCAGCAGAUUACUUAGCCAGGAAGCCAAAAUCAACAUUUGCGAGAUUUUGUGGUGCAAAGUACUUGAAACUCAUCAAUCCCAAAUUGGAAAAAUCCCUUUUUGGGAAUUUGGAUCAUAGGAAUUUACUGAUGAAUUCUAAUGAGUACCCAAAGACACAUUUCUUUUACACAUUCUGUGAAAUGGCAAAGCAUAUUUGGUUACUUCAUUGUCUUGCCUUUUCUUUAAGCCCUGAAGCUUCUGUAUUUCAAGUGAGGAAAGGUUGUAGAUAUUCAGACGUUUACAUGGAAAGUGUGAACGGAGAAGAACCAUUCUUAAUGUCCAACGGAUCAUCAGAAACUGAACUUCGUGUGGGAUUCACAGUGAUUCCAGGGUUCAGGGUUGGUAAAAGUGUUGUUCAGUGUCAAGUAUAUCUCUGUUGAUGAAUUUUAUUUUAGAUAUACAAAACAUAUACACUCAUAUCUAUAUAAUAUGUACAUUUAAAUGGACAAUAAUAUUUAUCCAUUAUUUUUUUGAAAAGUCUAGAGCCGGUGAACUUGGAAUAAUUAGCGUGGACCUUACUAUAUUUAUUUGUGUAUACAUCUCAAAGAUUUUUUGCAUAUAUUUAUAUACAUAUUUUAAAUCUAAAAUCUUAAUUGUUCUGAAUGUAUACCUCGUAAACUUCAGAAAAAAUCUUGUAUAUGUAUACCUUGAAAAUGAUUAUAUAAUUAACUUGACACCCUGAACACUAAUAGCCUUUAGAGGGUACUCAUUUAGCA